UCCACUGUUAGCUGAGCCGGUGUCACCGAUGUUUCCAAAUAUGACUCCUGAAUGUGCCACGGUGAUGCCUGACUUGCUCGAUAAGUGUUUUGGAACCGUUAGAGUUACACCAACGGAAGAAUGUUGCAACGAUCUCAAAUCCGCAACCACAACGCAAGUCACUUGCCUUUGUGAUAAUUACAUUGCAAACCCGACGAUUGUGAACAUUACCGGACCUUACUCCGCCGGAAUCACAACUAAAUGCGGCGUUUUCAACAAAUACUCUUGCGACGGUACUAGUAAAGGAGGAGAAACCGGAAGCAGCAGCAGUAACAGCAGCACGACCAGCAAUGUAGACAAUAGCAAGAGUGAGGUCAACGGAGGAGCAACGAACAAGAUUGCUGCAUCAAUGGCUGUUUUUGGCUUGAUUGCAAGUCUGGUCUUCGUUAUGUUCUAAUUUAUAGUUAUUUAAAAUUUUAUGUAAUUUUUUUUAUUACAUAAAAUUUCUGCGAACUUAAAACAAUGCGUUUAUAUGAAUGCAUGUUUGCAUCUAACGUUCAUUUGUGUUAUCCUUGCUUAUUUUCUUUUAAUGAGUUUUGGUGGUUUUGCAAUUAUAUUUUUGGGCCUCAAA